AUGAACACCAAACCAUUCUUGCAAAACUCCCAAGUGAUUUGGCCCGGUCCCGGAAAGUACAUGAUCAAGCAUCCGAGGUUCGUGAUCAUCACGCACACCUGCACGGCGGCGGCUCCCGGCCGGCCGAACGACUCCCUCAUCAGGCCGGCGUAUGUCCUGGCGUCGCCGGAGUACGUGAACCUCAGCAUGAAAUCCACCGACACCUCCACUAAUAAUCCGAUCAGUACAAUCAUCGCCAGCGCCGGCGCCACGCCCAGCACCUUGAGGGUCGCCGGCACGGACAUGAUCCCGGCACCGAUUAUGCUCGUCGACACGUUGAAUACCGCCCCUGCCAGCGACGGCUGCCUCUCCUCCGACGGAGGGCGGUCGGGGAGGAGGGGCGACUCAGCUCCGCAUGCUUUUGCUGUCAACAACGGCAUUUUCGUGGCGGAGAUGGUGGGUCGGGAUUUGGGUUAUUUGUGGGGAUUGUUUUUUGCUCACACUGGAAAAGCAAUAGAUCCGUAU